AUGGAGUACUUCGACUUCGAGGACGCUUCCCAUGCGAUUCCCCAAUUAGACCUUGACGAGCUCUCAUCGUUGACGGGCGAGGCAUGUGAGCGUGAUGCCACUGAUUGCUUCGAUUCGCUCUUCUUCGACAAAUCUGCUUUUCUCCCCGCAAGCCGACCAGCACCACCCACCACCGUCAUGCUGAAAUUGAUCAACAACAUCGAAAUCGAGGCAAUUCCACACACCUCUGACCUCUCGGCCGACUUCCCAAUGUUUCGUGCCAAAGAACCAUGUGACCUCUGCGCGAAGAUGGGCUUGGAUUGCUUCUUGGCUACGAGAGGAGCAAUGGUCACAGGCUGCACUUGCUGCAUUUCUCUAUACCGAGAAUGUAGCUUUGUGCACCCAAAGAUCCCCCGAGGCUUCGUCAACACCUUUCCUGGGAUCGCCGAGGACCAACAGAUUCCCGAAAAUGCAUUGACCGAACGCCGAAGGGCGAUGAAGUCGAUGGAGGAAGGACGUGGCCGCAAGACUGGCGCGCGGUUCCCACGAGAUGCAGUCAAGAUCUUGAAGCAAUGGCUUGCUGAACAUGCCGAUCAUCCAUAUCCCAAUGAGCGGGAAAAGGACGAGCUGAAGCAACUCACCGGGUUGAAGCGAAGCCAGAUCUCGAAUUGGCUUGCCAAUGCCCGGAGGCGAGGCAAAGUCAGGCCUGCUGAGUCGGGUCCAUCCUCUCCCAUGCUCGGAGCAAUCGACAUCCCUCAGAACCAAGAUGGCUCGGGUAUUGCGGAUCUUAACCCUCUAGACCGAUGGAAAGCAUCGCCGCCCGAACACGAACCGGCGUCCAUGACCGCCAUUGCCAGAGCCGUCACCUCCACGCCGCUCCCGGUCCGGAAUCCAUCUGUUUCGAGUCUUCAAGGCUCGCGACCCAACUCGCGACCCAGCUCUCGCCGGGCUUCGAGCGAGGAUGACUCGUCCUUUUCAAUGUUCCGCGCUCCCUCCGUUAGCAGUUUCGAAACCAGAGAGUCCAGUAACUCUGAUCUCACGUUUGCCUCCUCCCGAUCGAAUCGGUCAAAAGGGUCCUUCGCUUCCUCCCAAGAUCGGCGGAGGCGCAGGCGAGCACCGGUAGCGCAGCGCGCCGCUGCACAGCAAGCCAAAUCUCGAGCUGCGAGGAUAUUUCAGUGCACGUUCUGCACAGACUCGUUUCCCGCCAAGUAUGACUGGCAAAGGCACGAAAAGUCACUCCAUCUGGCACUCGAGCGCUGGAGCUGCUGUCCCAACGGAGGCACAAUGACGGAUGUUCUGACAGGUUUGGAGCUCUGUGUUUUCUGCCGUGAGCCAAAUCCCUCUGCGGCUCAUCUCGAGUCACACAAUUUCAACGCCUGUCAAGAGAAGACGGUGCAGGAGCGGACCUUUUACCGGAAGGAUCACCUUAGCCAGCACCUGAAGCUGAUGCACAAUGCGAAGGUGCAAUCUCAUAUGGACACCUGGAAGAGCACCACCAACGAACUCAAAUCCGGUUGUGGCUUCUGUCCAUCCAAGUUCACUACUUGGCAACAACGAGCUGAUCAUUUGGCCGCUCAUUUCAGAAACGGUGCCGACAUGUCACACUGGGCUGGGGACUGGGGAUUCGAACCGUACGUCGAAAGGCUGGUAGAGAACGCCAUUCCACCGUACCUCAUCGGCCACGAAAGGAAUACAAUGGAGCCAUACGUGGCCAGAGCCAUGGCAACACCUUCGUCGGCUGAAGGAGGCUUGACUACCGGUACUUCUGCGGAAAGCACUGAGCCUGACCAGAUGACGAAGGAUUCCAACUGCUGGGGGAGACUUGAACAAGAGUUGAGCAAAUUCGUCUCACAACAGAGAACUUUGGGUCAAAUACCUUCGGACAAGGACCUCCAGGACCAAGCUCGUAUGAUAAUCUACGAGGACAACGACCCGUGGAACUGGACCUGCGCAGACAACCAGCAGUGGCUUGACACUUUCAAGUACCAACAAGGCAUCGGUAGCACCACAGGUGCGAUGACAGCCUCGAAGGAUCUCGCCGAAGUGCCUAUCCUGGCUCCCUAUGUGAUCAAGGGAGGGCUGAAGUCCAAACCCGCGACUUCGCAAAGCCAUACGCGAAGGAAUCUAUCCACUGACUCUACUUGUGAUUCUUUCCAGGCGACUCCGGACUGUGGUAGCAUGCCAAAUUCGGCCACAGCGGCCACUUUUGAUAAUGGCAUGGAACUUGACUUUGACAGCAUCGACUUCAGCAAUCUUGACCUCGGCAUAGUAGAUGAGAUGAAUUUUGAUUUGGAGUUUGACAACAAUCAAGGAGGUGGUGCGGUGAGCGGCAUGUCUGUCUCGACCACACCCUUCUCCUCCAGCAUGCCGGGCGACACACUGUUCGGCUCGUACGGUGUGAGUCCAGCGAUGAAUAUGGGCAUGGGUAUGAACGCAGGUAUGCCCUUGCCGCAGACCAAGGCGCAGAACAACAGCCACCAGCUGAUGAGUGAGCAAGAUCUGAGCCAGCUCACUGGAUACAUGGCGGGUUUUAAUUGA